UUUUAUCUAAGAAGCCAUAUAUAAUUAAUUACCAACCAACAUUCGUUUCCAUCAUGGCCGCUCUGUCUUAUGCAUGCAACUUACACAUUCCCCGCCAUGGCUCUAGCUCCCCACUAAGAUCUUCAAUACAUCAUUCACGACUAUAGUAGCUUGUCAUUUUAUCAACCCCUUCAACACAUCGUCUGUCAACACCAAUAUUUGGGUGGCCCGCAUGUCUGCAAGCAAUGCUCCCCAGCCAGUGAAGCUUUCACUCCCACUCGAAUACCAACAGACUCUGUUCCAGGAGCUUCGUACUGAAGAUGAGCUUGUCGUUAUCGCACGCGGCCUGGGGCUGAUGCGCCUUGUCAACAAUCUCCUCCAUUCGUAUGACGCCGGCGGAAACAAUCUUAUUGUUAUAGUCGCCGCCGAUGAACGAGAAAAUGGCUGGAUUGGUGAAGCAUUGGCCGAACAUGCCGCCAUCAGCAUGUCCCCGAAAGCGCGUGGCCUGACAGUCGUCAACACGGACUUUCAAAGCGUCGGCGCAAGGGAAAAGAUGUACUCUGGAGGCGGAAUCUUCAGCAUCACAUCCCGUAUUCUAGUGGUGGACCUUCUCACAGGUUUGCUGAAUCCUGAAUCAAUUACAGGGCUUGUUGUUCUUCAUGCCGAUCGCGUUGUCGCAACAUCCCUCGAGGCCUUCAUCUUGAGAGUUUAUCGUCAAAAGAACAAGGUUGGGUUCUUGAAAGCCUUUUCGGAUAACCCCGAUCCCUUCACCACUGGCUUCUCACCCUUGGCUACUAUGAUGAGGAACCUCUUUUUGCGUAAAGCCUCGCUCUGGCCUCGAUUCCACGUCACAGUCGCGCAAUCUCUGGAAGGAAAGAAGAAGGCCGAAGUUAUCGAACUCGAAGUCCCUAUGACAGACUCGAUGCGUGAGAUUCAAAACGCCAUAAUGGAAUGUGUUGAAGUCAGUAUUCACGAGCUCAAGAAAGGUAACAGUGGCCUGGAAAUGGACGAUUGGAACCUCGACAGCGCUCUUCUCAAGAACUUUGACAUCAUGGUUCGGAGACAGUUGGAUCCCAACUGGCACCGCGUGAGCUGGAAGACGAAACAGAUUGUGAAUGACUUGACUGUUCUCAGAACCAUGCUCAACUCUAUUCUGGCAUAUGAUGCUGUUUCGUUCCUUCAGCAUUUGGAUACCAUUCAUGCCGCUCACUCCCCUCCUCCAGGGUCGACCCGUCAAACCCAGUCACCCUGGCUCUUCCUUGAUGCUGCUCAGACCAUUUUCGACACGGCAAGACGAAGAGUAUACUCCGCUAGUGCCAAGGAUGCGGCUCGGGAAGAUAACAUCGACUCUCUAAGGCCUGUGCUUGAAGAGCUACCCAAGUGGGCUCUUUUGGCUGAGGUGCUGGAGGAAAUUGAUCGUGAUCUGUACUUUGAACCUCCAGUUCGAGACGAUUCCAACGGCACCAUCCUGAUCAUGUGCUCAAACACCGAUACCUGCAGACAGUUGCGAGACUUCUUACAAACCAUGCACGUCAAGCCCAAGACGGAGAAACGAUCAAGUGAGGACGAUGAAGAUGAAGACAAGCCCUCUGCCGCUUUCAUGAUGCGCCGGCGAUUGAGGAACUACUUGAAAUGGAAGAGACAAUUUGCUCAGGUCAGCGCCACUCUCUUUUCCGAAAACCAGAAGGCUCUGAAUGGAGCCAUGGACACUCGUCCAGGUUUCGCAGGGUCAAGAGGUGGAAAGACUCCUGCAAACAAGCGACGACGAGUGCGCGGCGGAGGAAAUGUCGGCGUAAGCAUGGGUCGUGCUGAGAAUGGCAGUAUUAUGCAGUACAUUGAGAAACCGGGAGAAGUUGCGGAUCUCAUGGCUGAGGUACAGAUCACGGAAGAAGAAGCACAGCAAAAAGAAGACGUGGUAGCAGAUCCCCUCGACAACAUGGAGGAGUACUUCAAGCUCUAUGAUAUGCAAGACCUCGUCGUCAUUCACGCAUAUGAUGGAGACCAGGACGAGCAUGUCCUUGAGGAAACGAAGCCACGAUACAUAAUUAUGUAUGAGCCAGACGCCGCCUUUAUUCGCCGAGUUGAAGUGUACCGAUCAUCUCAUAACGACAGAAACGUGAGGGUAUACUUUAUGUACUAUGGCGGCUCAGUGGAGGAGCAAAAAUACCUGUCAUCUGUUCGACGAGAAAAAGAUGCAUUUACAAAACUCAUCAAGGAGAGGGCAAGCAUGUCCCUUGUCAUGACCGUGGACCCAGCUGAGGAUCCUGAAGAGGCUUUUCUCCGUACCGUCAACACACGUAUUGCUGGUGGUGGAAGGCUUGCAGCAACAGCUGAGCCGCCACGUGUUGUGGUAGACGUGCGAGAAUUCCGUUCCUCUCUGCCAUCUCUCCUCCACGGCCGCUCUAUUGUCAUUGUACCAUGUAUGCUCACAGUUGGUGAUUACAUCCUAUCGCCAAAUAUCUGUGUAGAACGGAAAUCUAUCAGUGAUCUGAUCUCGUCGUUCAAAGAUGGCCGACUCUACAGUCAAGUCGAGACUAUGUUUCAGUACUAUAAAAGCGUGAUGCUGCUCAUCGAGUUUGACCAGAACAAGUCCUUCACUCUGGAGCCAUUUGCCGAUUUAUCUGGAAGCUUGAACAGUGUCGCUCCGACCAACAUGUCGUCCGACUUACAAUCCAAGUUAGUAUUAUUGACACUGGCAUUUCCAAAGUUGCGCAUCAUCUGGUCUUCGUCUCCGUACCAGACGGCCGAGAUCUUUGAAUCCUUAAAGACUCAGGAGGAAGAGCCUGAUCCGAUAGCCGCUGUCAGGGCUGGCUUGGAUAAGGACACAAGGGCCGAGGAGCAAGCCUUCAAUCGGGAGCCCCAGGAUAUGCUUGCCAUCGUGCCAGGCGUGACUCCACAAAACAUCAAGAAUCUGGUGCUCAAGACUGAGAGUAUUCGUGAAGUUGCCAACAUGACGGUCCAAGAACUGGCACCUUUGGUCGGCACAACGGCUGGACGACAGAUUCAUGGAUUCUUUAACCGCAACGUCAUGGAAGAGGACGACUAAUUUCAAGCCAAUGCUAAACGAUGUACAGAUACCGCAGAAUGAAUCGGCAUGUAGAAGGGAGUGAACCAAUAAACCAUAUAAGUCGACUCGGUUUCCGACCAUCACCCUCACCGCAGGGAGCAAGAAAAGAUAAGGCUUUAGAAGAUGAUACUAGAAUAAACUUAGGCAAUUUAGUCUAAGUUUAGGGGAGUCUUUAUUAAGUAUUUUCAAUGCUUAGGAUAAAGGCGUUAAUUUUUUUUUUUUGCCCGCCCCUGGCCUUGUCACCAACCGCAAUCAAAGUGUAAUAUCACCAGUGGAAUUCAAACUGUGCACUAACGGAAUGUUACAAGAUUGAAGGUUUUGCUAAAAAUCGUAAGGAUUGGGUAUCCUAAUGCUGACAGAUAAACGUCAAAGAAAUCAGAAAAGAAAUCCCAAACGGCCGUAGCAAACUCCUCCGCAAACUAACAUAGCUCUCCCGACCCCAUUAUCCUUUAUCAAAUUGGUAUCACAAACAAGUUCGUUCUGGUGUUUCAUCGUCUAAACCCUUGUCGUCCUCAUAUGAGAGCCUCCCCGGCGCUUCGCUCUGCCUCCCUUCGAACCGCAAUAGCCGCAGGUCAAGAAUCGGACCAGAAUAGCGCAGAAGCUGACCACUCCGUUGACGAUGGCGGUCAAGAUUCUACCAAUUCCACUGAUGAUAGCCAUGAUGACAUCCCCAAUUGUCUGGAGGCAUGACCGGAUCUGUUGGAGAGACUUGUUAGCGAUGUCGUUCAAGGCGAGGCUGAUAGAGUGGGGUGGAGAGAAAAAGAGCGGCGUGGGGAGGGUCACUGAAAGGAGCGAGAUGAAGGUAGAGGCCAAGUCAGAGUGGGAGAAAGGAACAAGAAAUUGGGUUUGGUGGUGGAUGGGUUGAGUUUGAUGUGUAGACCAAUAUCAUAUGUUCCUCCUGGAGAGAAUCUAGGGGGCGUGACUUACGCAAG